AAACGGUAGAUUUCGCACAAUGAACUAAGAUCAACAUUACCACCUCAGAGUAAAAACUUUUUCUUAAAGUUUUACUAUGAUUUUUCAAAUGAAUUUGCCCGUUUUCAUAAGAAAUCGUUAAAAAGGUGGAGUAAUUAGAAAUUUUCCUACCGAUUUGACAGCUCUAGGUGAAAGUAUCAUCUCUAAACAAGCAGCGCCUCUACAUUUGAGUUUUGCGAAAAUAUGUCAAUACAGAUUUACAGAUUUUUCUUCUGAAAAAUGCAGAUUUAAAUGGCAACCCUGACCGUGAGUUAUAUUCAAAGAGCGUGUACGGCGGGAAGAUACAAUCUCAAAUGAUCAAAUAAAAUCGAAUAAAAAGUAGAUUACAUAUAUCUUACUAUUAUGACCAAUACGGUGAUUUGAAUAUUUUGCUACACGAUUAGCGAUGCGCACAAAUGAAGUUAUCUUGAGCAUGUGAAAUAAAAAAGAGAUAAUUCAUUUUAAGUCAACAUGACUCAGAAACGAAAUGUAAACAUUGCACGAGCAUUGGUACAUCGGGAAUCGGGAUUACACCGUAGUGGAUUUGUUGAAUUUCAUCAGAUAGCAUUACAACUGGCGGAAUACAGUAUUUUGCAGCGUUUGAGGGAAAAAGACCUUUGUAAGUCAUUAGACGAUAUUUCGAAUGAGACUGAAUCAGUAUUCAAUAUUGAGCAGAGCCAUAAUGGAUACUAUGUUGCUACUGUUCAGACAAACAAAAGUGUUAAUAUUUUUCAUGCCAGUACUAUGAACAAACUAGCUGAAUAUCAUACAAAUGAAAGGUCUGUAUGGACGUUGUCGUUCCAUCCAUCGAAUUCAAACAUAAUAGCGUUUGGGACAAUGGGAGGAAAAGUGUCUGUGUAUGUUGACGGGCAAGAAACUGCUUGGUUAGAUGAAAAAGAACCGAUUUAUUCAUUGUGCUUUCAUCCAAUGGACCACUAUUUAGUCAUUACAAGCAGAAACAAAAUUACUUUCUACGACUGGCAAAACGAUUCGAUUAUAAAUACUGGAGAGCUCAACGAUUGCAAUUGUCGUUUUAUACAAAUCACUACGAAUUCUACGCUUAUCACUGGUAUCUCUCAAACGAAAAAAUUUGAGCCGGCUGGUACAGGAAAGAAUUUGUCAUCCGUUGAACCUCAACAUCUUAUAGUAUCAUUCUUAAGAACUGUGAAUUUCAUGCUUGAUUCACUUGAACACGGUUGUACUAUCGGUAAUAGUUUCGAUGCGGAAUUAAGGAAGCAGUUCUACUUUUGGAAUCAUCUGUUAAAAACGAUUAUUAAAAAGACGAAAGAAUUGCGUUGUUUUACCUCUGUGAAAUCAGAUACCAAAUGCACGAUAUCAAAUCUCAAUACAACACUGGUUGUGCUUAACCGUAGAUUAGAUUAUUUCGAGAACAAUCGAAAAUAUUCAGAAAACCGAAUGAAAAAUCAUCUACUGCCGUUUCCUCCUGAAAGUGUGAGCGAAGACAUAAUUCAUCAAAGUUGUCUUGAACCGAUGAUAUAUUUUGAACAGAUGUGCUCUAAGUAUGUGGAGCAAUGCCACAGUGUGUAUAUAAGAUAUAUUUUUGAACUAUCCGAUGUUAAAAAUAUAUUGUUCAAAAUCACGAAAUUAUAUUUUGAGUACGGCUUUAAGUGUUCCUUAGUAGAAACUCUAUCGCGAACCGAAGUUUCAGUGAAUAAUGACAUCUUUCGACGAAACCUGUCACAUAACCAGUGUAUACUUCAAGGAUGGGAUUUGAAUAGCAAUGAUGCAAACGAUCUUCCAGAUUUCAGGGAAGAUUGGAAAAAUGUGAUAUCGAUUUGCUCAAUAACCACUGAUUCGAAUGUUUCGAUUUCAAAAUGUGAACGUUAUAUUGCUUCUGUCCGACUAAAAGCUGUAAAAGAAUUGGAAGUACGUAGUUUGAACAAAGCCAACUUUGGUGAAUGCAUGUUUGUGUUCAGAUUUGUUACUGACUUCGUGUCGCUUUCUUUCUCACCUUCUGGUCGAUAUGUGGUGAUAGGUUUGCGUUGCAGAAAGCGGCUAAAAUUUGCGUAUAUAUUGGAUAAAGAUACAAAAUGGAAAAUAGGUGUUAAUUUCUGUCUUGAUCUCAAUGAAACCGAAAACCAGCAGUCAGAUUCAUCCACUCCGAAUGAUCGAGUAGGAUUGAAGCUAAGUCUUCCAAAAGAACCGUUCAACUAUAAAGAAAUCAAUUGCAUAAAGUGGGCAACGCUUCCGGGUUAUGGUUUCUUUGUUGGAUUGAAAUCAAAAUUUGUACAAAUUUGUAGAUGACUCUUCUUCGAAAUGACAAA